GUUGGGGAAGCCGAAAAUCUCCGAACAGUAUCAAUCCCGCUUCAGAGAUCGAAUACAGUUCUCAGAACAGAACCAGGAAUGAGUCAACUGAAGCGUAAAAGGCCAGACUCCAAUUCUGUAGCUGAUUCACUAACUGAACAUGAGCGUGUUGUUUAUGAUGCAAUCCGGAGCAAGCAAGAGAUGGGUAUCUCCCAGCGAGACUUGAAACGAGAAAUUAACCUUCUAGACAAGUUGGCUAGUAAAUCACUCAAGUCGCUUCAAGACAAAAAUCUGGUGAGACUUGUGCCAAACUUUCAGAGCAAGGGGAUGAAGCACUACAUUGCAGCAGAGUUUAACCCUUCAACAGAAAUCACUGGUGGAGCGUGGUAUACUGAUGGCAGUCUUGAUUCCGAUUUUAUAGGUGUUCUAAAAGCUACAUGUCUAAAGUUUGUACCAAAUCUAAAGGUUGCUACACUGGAGGGAUUUGUGGAAGCUGUCAAAAAAAGUAGAGUUUCACAGGUUGAAUUGUCAAAGAAGCAAAUUGAAGAGCUUGUUGAGUCUUUGGUUUGUGAUAAUGAGCUGAUGAAAGUGAAGAGUACGGGAAUUGGGGAGUUUGCGUCUAUUCCAGUUGGGAAAGUUUGUUAUAAACGCAUCGAUAAAGGCAAUAGAGUUAGUGGAACAAUGGCUUCCAUUCCAUGUGGAGUUUGUCCACAGAUAAGUAUCUGCACCCCUGAUGGUAUAGUGUCCCCCAAAACCUGCGUCUACUACAAUACCUGGUUAGAUUUUUAGCUCAACAGCAUCUUUCUAUUAUCUUUAUGCUGUGAUUUUGGAAAAUCUAGGAACAACUUUUUUUUCAUUUUCCCUUUUUUGGGAAUGUUAUGUGUGGUCUUAGUUCAACUAUUUUCAUUUUGAGACGUGGUGGAACCUUUGCGGCAUCUAGAAUCAAGAAGAGCACUAGGAAAAGUUGUCAUCUCACCUUUACCUCUGUCUUUGAUAAAAGAUCAUCAAAUUUAAUUUUUAGCCUAACCGUAACCGUCUUUGAUUAGGAAGGAAUAGGCAGACUCCUAGUCUCCAAAUAAGUAUAAUUAAUGGACAUUACAGGUUAAAAACAUAAAGUUAUAUUGCUAUUGCCUUGUCUGUCCCUGGGGAUGCCGGGGUGUAAUUUGUACAUACUUCUUUGAGGGGAAUUUUUGAGGAAUACAAACUUGUCAUAUCC